GUUUUCCAUCAUCCUGCGAGCACUUUACCAGAUGCCGUGCUUUGAUGCAGAGCUUGGGUGGCCACACGCACUCGUGCCGGAAUUCAGUGCCCAAGUCUUCGUCCCCGCGAGGACGACCAACAAACGCGGAGGAGGUCGCGCAGCCCUCGGUGCUGCAUCGCCGGGCCGUCGUGGUGCACGUCCGCGGUUUGCAGGCUUUAAUGCCGCACAGCAAGAACUGCCACGAAAAAUCGCGGGUCGGAGCGGAAAUAACGUCGUACCAUCUCCCCUGAAUACGGAUGACGAGCAGGUGGAUAAUUCCGGCGAAGAGGAUCUGCUCGGUUCCUAUUUUCUGCACACCCCCGCUCACGAAGACGACGCGGCGCAGCAGCGCCGUGCGCGGGUGAUGCUGUGGCUGGGGCUGGUCAAGGUCCCGCGCGAUGACGUCUCCGUGUUUCAGUUUUUGUGGCCAGAAUUCAUUGCGCUGUUGAUCCUGUGUCUGCACAUCCGCCAGCAAAGAGAAAUGGGUGUCGACUUAAUUUUACGAAGCGGAAAAGUCCGCCCCAGCCCAAUUUUCAAAAAUUUCAUUGCGCGAGAUCUUUUCGCACGGAAAGCAUGCCCCGUUUGUCGCUGCUGCGUCUCGGUAUUCUUCUCCGCGAGAUCGACUCCCAUUAUUGACUUCGUGGCGACUUGUACGCCCCAACCCGCGCAGCUUGGAAAGGCAGUUUCCCGCCCGGCGCGCAAUGUGAAAUGGGGCCAGUCCAGGACUGGCCUUGAAUUAAUGAUAGUGCCCCAGAGGCUCGGGGCCCCCGUGUCAUGUUUUUUCGCCUCUUUUGCCCUCUCCGACCGACCACUUGGUGGAGUGCCCGUUCGGCCUGGGGCGGACUUUUCUGGGAGAGGCCAAUCCCGACCUGAGUACCCCGAUCUAGAAAAGUCCGCCCCAGGGUCGACGGGUACCAGAUUCGGCCUCCUUGUUCGUCCUGGGGCGGACUUUUCUGGAAAACAUUGUGAAGCAUUCACGCACAAAUAUACGACGGCCAGGAAAGUCGGCGCCCAAAAGCGCGCCACACCAUCCGCAUUCGCCAAAUAGGAGCGCAAGGAUAUGGCGCGGCGCGACGCUUGGCCCCUGCCCAGGCAGGCGGAGCGCCCGAAGCGCGUCCCCGCAUUCAGCGACCACUGGCUUGGUCGCGUUCCCGAUUGUCUCCUCUAACCGGGACUACUAAAGCCACAUAUUGAAAUUUUUGAAAAUUGGGCUGGGGCGGACUUUUCCGCCUCGUAAAUUUCCUUCCCCGACCUGUUCCACGAAAUCGUCAAAGAGAACGGGGGGACUGGUUGUAGAAGCGCCCGUACUAGCUGUGGUCGGCAGGUAGUAGAGCAAACUUCUGGUGCUUCUACGAGGAAAAGCCCAUCCGCCGGAACUCGUCGGCUUUCUUUCCUCUACUACCUCCUGUUUACGGACCUGCCGCGACCUGCUUGCAACUUGUACGCGGUCCGGCUGUGGUUAAUCAUAGUGUGCAUCAUGUACGUUCUGUUGUGCUGGAAUCGCAUGGUGGGGACGGAGGAAACGCUGUGGUCGAUCGUGCAGAACGGCAAGCAAGUUCCCGGGAAGCAAGUGCUCACUUUACUGUACCUGUUCUUAAUUGCCGUGCUGGACCGCAUGCUGCAUAGCUGGAGAACGACCAAGACGGUCUUUGCCGCAGCAACGUCUUUCAACGGGCGACGUCGCGGCCGGGAAGAUGGUGCUUUCGAGAACGGACCAGCAGAACGGUUGCGCAUAUUGCGGCAGAAGGCAAAAGCACUGGGCAUCUACGAGUACAACAAAUUUGCACGACGAGACGAAGAUGAUGGAAAGAUGAACAGAGGGAAAUCCUGCGGAGUAGAGCAAACACCUCGGUCGGUCGUUCAGCCUGAAUGUCCCACUGGCGGAGACAAUCGCGGACACUUGUCGUUCUCGCCGGCGGUCGUGGACCACGAGGACAGGAGACUGGUGACGCCAAGGAGCUGCCAUUUGCAAGAGGGGCUCCGGAGGCGACGCAUACCACCAGCGCGGGAGGAGUGUGGUUCACGAGAAAACUCGGGACACGAAGUUCGAUCCGCCCGGAGUAGUUUUUCCAAAGGCAAAGCGGCAGCGGUGCAGUUGGAGAUGCAUGAAGAUGAGUGCAACUACAGAUACGGGAUCGGGAACAAACCGCGAGUCGUCAGACAAAACAGCAAUACUAUGAUCGUUCCACACGAGGAACAAGUAGAAAAGCGUCGCGACGAAGACAUAGACAGCGCAGGCGCAGCCGCAGCUCUUGAUAUCAAGCCGAGCAUACGUGUCAUCUUGCAAAAGCUUCUCCUCUUGACUCAAAUGGCUGUCGCCCACACCUUCCUGGUGAUCGUGUACUUCGAUUUGCGCGCUCAGCAAGACCAAAAUGAGCAGGAGUGGUUGCUGAUGGGGCUGGCCACGAAAGGAGGACAACAGGGUCAGCAGCCAAUGAACCAGCGUCGUCCUGCUCCUGGCACAACUGACACGGGCGAGUACGGACAGCAGCACGUCUCUCCGUGCUUGAAAAGCUUGGCGAACUUCGGUUUUUUGCUAGCUUUGUACCUCAUCUACGCCACUUAUCUCGCUCUUUCUUCGCUACAAUUGCGGUACGCAACGAAAACCGCGGAACCAAUUUCGUUGACACGGUCGGUGGACCUGUUCAGCAAGUGCGUCUUUCAGCUGUACAUGGUGACUCCGUUUUUGAACGAGUUUCGCGUUCUGUGUGACUGGGUGGUAUCCCACGAAAAUAACCCAUCCCCAUCGUAAUUGCCAUUUUUACGGUGCAAAAAAAUAAAUUAAAAUAAACAAAAAAACUAAAAAAAAAUGCGACUUUUCUGAUUUUUUUUUGCGAAAAAAAAAGUCGUGGCGUCAGCUAGCUUCGUGAUAACUAGUCAGAACAGCCGGCUUGAGAGGAAUCGCUAGUGAUGAUGUGAAUAAAGUAGCUAGCUCCAGGCAUCCUCAGGGAAGAACCGCCAGCAAUGUCUCUGUCCCGAGGGCGCGGCCCUUCCUCGUGGUCUGCGGCCGCGCUCCUGGUCGUGGUCGGUGGCGGCGCGGAAGGUCCUGCGCGCCGGCGGCCUCCGGGAGGGCCGCACAGGCCCGCUUCGCGCCGGAAGGGCGGCCGCCCUAUCCUCCGCCUCCCUGGCCCCUAAUCAGGCCGCGUCCGCGGCGACGGAAUGGUCGCGCAACUGGUCACCUGGCUUGUCCAGAAAUGGAUGUCCGGCAAAAAUGGUUGAGGGCAGACGCAAGCGAAGAAAUUCAAAAAAAUUCCAAUUUUUCGCCAAAAUCAAAAAUCGACCAAAAAUCUAUCACGAUGGGUUAUUUUCGCCGACCUGUAUAGGCUAAAAAGCCUACUUUUUUCGAAAAGUGGCCCGAUUUUGAUUUAUCUGGAUGGGUUAUUUUCGCCCGACCUGAGUCGGGCAAAAUCAAAAAGUUGCUCUUUUUUUGCUUCAAAGCCGGCUUUUUUGUAAAAAAAAAACUGGGGUUUUCGGGGUAUACAGGUCGGCGAAAAUAACCCAUCCAGAUGAUUUGCAAAAUUUCGUGACUUUUCAAAAACCCAAAAAAGGCGAGCAAAAAGCUCGCGCCUGCCCCGACCUGAGUCCGGCUAAAAUGUCGCUCAGAGUGUUUCCUUUUUUGAAAGAAAAAAAAUCGCCAAAUCAACGGACUCAGGUCGGGGCAGGCGCGCGCUUUUUGCUCGCCUUUUUUGGGGUUUUGUAAAAUAGCGAAAUUUUGCAAAUCAUCUGGAUGGGUUAUUUUCGCCGACCCGUAUACCCCGAAAACCCAAGUUUUUUUUUCCCAAAAAAGCCGGCUUUGAAGCAAAAAAAGAGCAACUUUUUGCCCGACUCAGGUCGGGUGAAAAUAACCCAUCCAGAUAAAUCAAAACCGGACCACUUUUCGAAAAAAGUAGGCUUUUUUGCCUAUACAGGUCGGCGAAAAUAACCCAUCGCGAUAGAUUUUUCUGCAUUUUCGGAAUUUUGAAGAAAUUUGCCAAAAAAAAGAAAAAUCUGACUUUUUCCGGUUUUUUGAACAGAUAUUUGCGGAAAAAAUCCGAAAAGCUCAAAAGUCGCAAAAAUUUGUCCGGAUGGGUAAUUUUCGCCGACCUAUUGAGGCCAAAACGACGGACAAAACAGGUCACGGGCUUUCAUCUAUGGUCGCGAUGUGGUGGCAAGCAGACAUGGCGACGGUGAUGUGGGAAAAAGCAAGCAAACCAACGGCCCUGACGGCCCUAAAGCGUAUCCGUAGCCGGCGCUGUCUCCCUGUCUGACGCCCAUCUUUCGGUGGCUUUGUUGUCGCGGCUUCGCCGGGGAUGCCUUGAGCUAGCUAAUUCAAAGCAAACACUUCUAGAUGAAUCGUCUCAGGCUGCUUCUGUCAUAGUCGUCACGUGCUAGCUAACACCACGAAGCCCUUCCGCAUGGGUAGCAAAUUUUUUGUUUUUUUUUCAAUUUUUUUUAGCGUUUUUUGCAAAAAAAAUAGCAAUUACGAUGGGGAUGGGUUAUUUUCGUGGGAUAGGUGGUGACAAAAACAUCGCUUGACGUCUACAUGUGGUUCAAGUUGGAAGACUUGUUCACAAACCUGUACCUGGUCAAGUACGACAUGACGUUGCGGCGACAGCACUACAACAAAGAAAACGACGAGGGUGGAAGUGGUUCUGGGAGCGACGUCGACGAAGGCGAGAUCAUGGAGCCAAGCGAUGAGACUGCAGAUAAUCUUCAUGGCCGCAAUUUGAACGGCAGCGACGCUGCUGCUAGAUCAAUCGACGGAACAGCUGCUGCACUAGGGAAGGACAAGGACGCUAUUCAUCUUGAAAACGAUCAGCGACGGAUAGUGAAGAAGCGUCGAAGUAGGAAAGGCUCCAGUGCAAAAUCUUCGCGCACUAACAGUAAAGGCAUGCGGAAGGGUACUAGCGCGGCGACGAAACGGCCGCGCUUUUCCGGGCCUCCACCCAGGUCCGUGUUCGAGAAAAUCACAAACGGCGGAUGUCUCCUUCUCGUGAUUUUCUUUUUGAUGAUCGGGCCACUGCUGCUCUUCUCCACCAUCAACCCGAACACGGAGGCAACGCGCGUACAAACCGCAGAAGCGUCGGUGCUACUCACAGUCGCGAGUAGGGAGAAAAUUCGGAAAGUCGUGCUCUACCAGUCGAAGCAAGGCACUCCGGUUUCGCCAAGCAUGAAAUUUAAGGACGAAGAAAGUGAACAGAUUUUUACGACGCCAGUACAGGGCUUUGAUCAGGAACAGGAUGAAGUACCAGAAGAGCAUGGCGCUGCGGAUGAGCCCCCGCGGCCACCCCCCGGCGGACAUGAAGAUGGAACAGAGGACCAGGACGAAGAAUACAACACGAAGCAGAGAAUCCUCUUUCCACACGCCUCUGACGAGCUUUGGUCGGCCACGCCGCGGCUCCGGUCGGAGAUCGUGCAAAUGCUACAAGCGGAGAACAUCGACAAGGGUAAGCUGCUGUACAUUCAGUUCGACUUGAAGUACGUGUUCGAGCGCGCCCCAGUGCCUGACACCGAACUUCCGGACGUCGACGGGACAAAAGUGGUGCGGUUUUUCAAUGAAAAAAGCCUUGUUGCCAGUACCAAGCAGCGAGGCAGAGCUCAUCAUGAUGGUGCUGCGCGAGGCCGAGGCCAGGAGAACACCGGAGUUGCUGCAGUAUCAAAUCUUGGUCAGUUGGAAGAUGCGAAGAACGUAAAAAUUGAGCGUGAUUCCGAAAAGCUCGAGCGAGUCGCAAAAGCGAUCCUGGCAAACUUCGACCAAGCCCCUGCAGGGGGUGGUGCUGACGCAAACCGUGCGAAAAAGAUUCGAUUGCCGGAUUUGUACGCGCCCUAUCUUCGUCUAACCUCCGAAAGUUACGCGACGCCGAUUCUGUCUCCAUUCGGCGGCUCCGCCGCACAACUUGCCAAGGCGCGAAGAUACAGGCAUGGGGGACUACGACACCAGGGCGGUCGUGCCGCAGCAAGAGGUGGGCCGUUGUACAACGACCACAGAGACCUUCCUGCGAGUCGGAAAGCUGGCAUUUCCUUGAGGCUAGUGAAAGUCGACUACAAUGCUGACCCAGCGGAUAACCCUCGUAAUGGACAACGCGGUGCCGGGGCUGCUCCUCCUGGUUCAGCGUCUCAGUAUCGUCCGCAAGAGAGCUUUUGGGAGCUAAGUAUGCUGUUGCCAACUCAAAGACCCCCACCCGUUUCGCGUCUUCCCUCGACCGAUGUCAUCGGCGACACCUCCGGAGGACCAGGGGAACAGGACAACGAUGAUGAAGCGGACGAUCUCCCAAGUCUGACAAGCGUCCCAACGACGCCCGCGUCAACCGUCUCCCAAGUGGACAUCACCGUUAUUUCGCCGACUUCCGGACGCCUCGCCCUAAUUCCGCCACUAACGUUCGAAACCACUUCCGAGCGCGUGCUGCGCGGCGUGACCUAUGGACAGAGCAAGAGCACAAGCGCGACGCCCUUUUUCAGCAUCCUGGGCCUCUACUCUUUGAUCGUGUAUGCGGCGUUCAAAAUGAUUCGCGCGAUGUUCGAGCUGUCCAGCGAGCGUGUGAUCUACACGGAAAUGGAAGAUACGGAGUUCUUCGAGCAGAUCUGCACGGGAAUCUACCUGGCGCGCAGUCUAGGGGACUUGAAAGCCGAAUACGACUUGUACUUCUGUCUGCUGCGCCUCUACCGUUGUCCCGACAUGCUGCUGCACUACUCCUCGACAUCAAACUCUGAUCGAGCUCCUGACCACUACGGAGGCCGGCGAUCGCUACAUGAUUUCCACGGGGGCGGUGGGGGCACAGGUGCUGCUGGUGGUGGAAAUCUUCACAACAACUACAGUGGGGGACCCGCUGGGCCACCACGUGGUCCUGCCCGCGAUCUUCCGCCGCCUGAUGGUGUGCACGGAGACUUCGAGAGCGAUUCGGGGUUUUCGCCGGGUGGCAGCGUCGGGGGCCGUUUUUUAACAGAUCGUCCGGGGCGGCAGUCAUUCAGGACAAGUUCCUUUCGUGGAAGUCCCUCCUCUCAAAUCGAGUUCGAAAUGCGCGUUGCGGGAGGUGAGGGCGCAGGUCAGGAAUUUCAUGCAGCGACUUCUACGAUAGAUGGACAUGGAGCCGAAACUACCAGUGUAACUCGAGACCAGUACUACGUCGGUGCACCUCCGGGAAACCGCGUCGUCGUCAACAGCGGCCACGGUAACUACGAAUAAGUGUACCGGAAAUUUGUUGGCUCUGAAAAGCGGCACCGGAGGAUUAUCAGAAUAGGCUGUGCCUGCUGUUGGAUCUUGAAAGCGGCACCGGAGGACUAUCAGAAUAGGGAAAAUCACAGGGAAUAUAGAAUGUGUACUACCUAGGAUCACGAGUGUUUAAGAAACGCAGCAUGAGGAAACAAAAUCAUCAUGAUGCAAAUGCCGUAAAGCUAAAGACGAGCAGAAGUAGCAUUGUUACUUUCAAAUCAAAUGCACUGCAGUAUACUAUCAAAGAGCACUUCAAUCAUAGUCACUAAAUUACAACGUAGAAAUUGAAAACGUGUAGCGAUGUCUAAUUUUAACUGUAAGUCAACCCAUAGAGCAGGAAAAAAGGGAAGAUGAGUACAGGAAUCAAGAUCAACAUCAAACUCAAGGAUGAGAAUGGCACGACCGUGCGCAUGCCAGCAACUGAAAGGGUGAAUAUCGACAACGGGUUCUUCAGAACAAGCGACAAGUGUACUAAGUAUACGAUUAUCGAAAGUGAGAAGCAUAGGGCAAAACUUGGUAGACUCGCC